CUCUAACUGACUUAAAAUACAAGCAGGAGGAGUAUACAAAAUAGUAAAGCCGUCCGACAUAGAACGAGCCGCCCUAGCUAGACUAUGAGCCGCAUCAUUCGCGGAUCUUCUGCAGUGAUUGACUUCAAUCCUAGCUUCAUUACAGAAGAAUUAGUCUUAUGUCUUCCAAAACACUGUCAAAAUAAGAGUCACCAACACGAUCCAUCAAACCUGUCACCACCAUGAGGGAGUCUGACUCCACCUGAACGAUUGCCUUGGUCUUGAUGAAGUGCUGCAUCCACGUUUAUACCUUGACAAUACCCGGAGUCGGCUUCUUCCAGCAAGGUCUAUCCUCCCAUGUACUAGCUGCUCUUGUUGGCUGUAACUGGGUCGCCCUCCACGCUCGCAAAACAGCUGCACCUAUCUCCAGCAACUGUCUCCAAUCGCCUGAGCUAUUCUUCCAAACGCGGUCAUUUCUGAUCUUCCAAAUGCUCCAGAGUGUCACCACAAAGCUACAAAGAUCGUUCACCUGCAAAUUAUCAAAAAAAACAUUUGACCCAAUCAAUCAACUCGUUUCCUUGUCUGAUGAAGCGAGGACCAAGCUUCUGCCAGACCGCCUUGGCCACUUCACAGUUCACAGUGGUAGAAAAGGUGUGAUGUUAAUAUAGUUAUAGUAGAGCUAGUCUAGCACGAAUUAUGCUCACGAGCGGAAAGAGAGAUUCACAUCAUGGAUUUCGCGAGAAAGCAGUCUGCGGACUCCUUAGACAAGAGCAUAAGCAUAGAUCAGGCCAUUUCCCACCACCUCACGAGCCCAAGUAAACGAAAGUGUAUGUGCACUAGCUG